AUGUUCCAGACCAAGGUGCAGGACAUCAUCUACCCGGUGCAGAGCGGCAUCUGGGAAUUCCUGCCAGAGAUGGAGGACGUGUUCCAGGAUUGCAUGGACGAUGAGUCUCUGCCGCCCGUCAUUGAGACCGAGGCCAUUGACUCGGGUGGUCGGGCAUUCGAUGUGGAGGUGCGUACCAACAAGGCAACCUAUGCUGGCAAGCCCGUUGACGUGUUCUCAAUCAUCGACAUCACUGGACGCAAGAACUUGAUCGAAGCCGAUGUAGCACUGCGUAAGGCCGAGGCCGCCAAUGAGGCCAAGGUAGUCUUCCUCACGACGAUCAGUCACGAGCUAAAGACUCCAAUCAAUGGCAUCAUGGCAUCAUGCGAGAUCCUUGAGAGGACACAGAUUGACUCCAAUCAAAAGGAGUUCCUUGAUGCGAUCAAGUUAUCGUCGGACUACUUGUUUAGCUUGGUCGUUGACAUUCUAGACUAUAGCAAGAUGGAGGCCGGCAAGAUGGAGCUUAUCUUGAAGGACUUUAGUUUGCUCAAGUUGCUCGAGGACUCAUUGAGCAUGGUGUCCAAGAGCGCUGCAGCCAAGCAUCUCGACCUGGUGCUGUUCAUCGAUGGCAAUGUGCCAGUGCUGUAUCAUGGCGAUGCCACAAGAGUGCGCCAGAUCCUACUCAAUCUCUUGUCCAACGCCAUCAAGUUCACUGACAUUGGUCAGAUCAAGAUACGAGUCGACCUCGAGCGAGAGAACGAAGACACGCACGAGUACAUGCUCAGGUUCGAGGUGGAGGACUCUGGCAUUGGCAUCAAGAACGAUCACAUCCCAUUGCUCUUCACUCCAUUCUCACAGAUUGACAACAGCAACUCACGUCGCUACCAAGGCACAGGUCUCGGCCUGAGCAUAUCCAAACGUCUGUGCAACAUGAUGGACGGCGAGGUCAGUGUCUCGAGCGAGUUUGGCACAGGCACUACAUUCGCGUUCACUCUCAAGCUGGCCAGCUGCGUGUCCAAACCAAACUUCACGUUCAAGCGUAUGGGUGGUGCCAUCUAUCUUGGCGAGGACCUGGCCGGCCACACCACGCCACUGGUCGGCGAGCGCAAGUUUGGCAAGCGAUCAAGUGUGGUGAGCAUCGUCGUCGAGAGGAACGAAUGGGUGCGCAAGUCCAUCGUCCAUUACUUUGCCCUCAUGUCCAUCUCGUGCAAGGACUUUGCCAGCUCGGCGGAGCUGGGCGAGUUCCUAGAGUCGCAGGCCAAGUCCAACCAAGUGUACAUUAUUAUUGUUGGCGAUCGAUGCAACAUGAUCAAUCGGGCGCGAACGAUCGCCACGGCGCAGCAGCAGGAGGUGCACUGGGUGCAGCUCACUGUGGACGCCACGCCCAACAAGGACGACACCUACGAGUACGUCAUCCAGAAGCCUUGCAAGUUCACAGACAUUGUCAAGUGUCUGUACCAGGUCGAGAAUAACAGCUUCGACUUCUUCCAUGAGUGGCUCAAUGUUCGCACGCAUCUCUAUGAUGUGGGCAAUGUCUGCCGUCCUCUGCAGAGCCCGGUCUUCACACACAUCAGCGAGAAGUCCGAGAGCGUCGAUGGCUCGCCAACCUUCUCACCGUACAUCUACUCACGCAAUCAGUCGCCAUCGCCUCGCCACUCACUCAUGAUCCCGCGACCAAUGUCACUUUCCUCAGAUGCCUUGUCCUUGUUCAUUCCAACAUCUGCACGCGAGUUUGCCCGUUCCAAGGAGCUGCUAUCAACCUCACUACAGGCCACUUUACCAACCAUUGCAGACGAGGACUAUGGUGAGAUGCCAGCCGUCUCCACUGCAUGGCCUUACGACAAGGAGGUCGUGGACAAGAAGGUCAGCAGGGAGAUGCCCACAGAGGUAGGAGCUGCUCUAUCCUCAUCGUCAAUCAAUGUUGUACCAGCCAGUAGCAGUAGGAGCAGGAGUGGUAGCAUUAAUGAGCAGCAACAACCAUCAUUGGCCUCGUCCGUUGUGGCCCCGGUGGCAGCAUCAGCAGUCCCUCCUCCCGUACCAGCAGUGAGUAGACAUGUGUCCACUGCCGCUGCCGCUGUUGCUCCUGCACCUGUGGCCGCUCCCAAGCCAGCGGCCCCAUCACCACAGCCCAAACCAGGAUUGAUACUACUUGUCGAAGACAAUCCAAUCAAUGUGAAGGUGUUUAGCAAGUUCCUCAACAUGGGUGGAUACAGUUACAAACUGGCGGCCAAUGGAUUGGAGGCUGUGGAUGCAGUACAAAAGUAUGACUUUGAUGUCAUACUCAUGGAUUGUCAGAUGCCCCUCAUGGAUGGCUUCCAAGCGACCAAGGCAAUACGUGAGUUGGAGAGUGUAGGCAAGAUCAAUCCUCCUCCUUUGAAGAAGUCACCUCAUUUGAUCAUUAUUGCAUUGACAGCUAAUAAUGAGGACAGACAGAAGUGUUUGAACGUGGGCAUGGAUGACUUCUUGCCCAAGCCUGCCAGCAGUGCAUUGGUGAUUGAAGCAAUACAGAGGUAUUUACAAGCUCCCACCUCUGGCAGUGGCAGUGGUAGUGGCAACGGCAAUGGCACUCGACAUAAAAAGGUGGCUGCACCACCUACACCUACUCCUACUCCUGCCACUACUUCCGCUCAACCCUCCACAUCCACGUCAACGACCACGACAACGACAACCGAACAAACUUAG